AUGAAUCGAGCUGCAGUCAAAGCCCUUCGGACGACCUCUCUCUCGACCGUCCGCGCUCUCUCCCAUACCCCUCGCCGUGGCUUCUCCGUCUCAUCUUUGACUCUUGCCCAGGCCAGAUCUAACGCCAGGUCGCACGCUCGAAACGCCCGUCCCAACCCCGCGAGAAAAGCCCCCCUGAGAUCCUCUAUGUACUUCCGUCGCCUGCCUGCAGCGCUGGUAUCCAGUAUCGUCGUCGGAUACGGCGCUUGGUACUCUUACAACAGCUCUAACAUCGCCCCUAGUUCCGUUCUGGGUUCUAGGAGCAGCCUGACCUCGACUCAGACGGCUGAUGUGCUGCCUACUCGAACUGUCCUUGUAGUGGGUGCCGACGAACUCAGACAGGGUACCAUUGUUGGCGAGGGCCCUAUUUCAAAGACUACCAGCGACGACGGUCGUCGCAUCGUAGAGAUGCUAACGCCCGAUCAAGCGACUCAGAAGCUACGCCGACUGGAACAAUCGUUCUCGGUCGGCCGAGGUCAAGGUGUCACUCGUUACGACUUGGUUCAGUUACCCAGCAACGACCCCAUUGAGGACGACCAUGCCGAGAAGAUUGUUCAGGUUCCCAGCAGAUCAUCCGCUGAGACUGACAACAGUGACUGGAUGUUUUGGGGUGUUUUCGAUGGCCACUCGGGAUGGACUACUUCUGCGACAUUGCGGGAAAGCUUGAUUAGCUACGUCGCUCGCGAACUUAAUGAAACUUACAAGAAGGCCUCUGGUGAGUUUCCUUCUGAAGAUGCAGUGAACCUGGCAAUCAAGACUGGAUUCAACAAUCUGGACAACGAGAUUGUCCACAAGAGCGUCGAGAAGGUCUUCAAGGGCGGCUCUAAGACCGUCGCUGCAGAGUUGCUGCAGCCUGCUUUGUCAGGAUCAUGCGCGUUGCUAUCGUUUUACGACAGCCGCAGUAAUCUUUUGCGCGUUGCUUGCACAGGUGACUCUCGCGCAGUUUUGGGUCGCCGAGCGGAGAAUGGAAAGUGGACAGCCACUGCUCUGUCCGAUGACCAGACCGGCAGCAACCCCCAAGAGGUUGAUCGUAUGCGCAAGGAGCACCCUGGAGAAGAAAACGUCAUCCGUAAUGGCCGUGUCCUCGGUGGAUUGGAGCCAAGUCGUGCUUUCGGAGAUGCUGUCUACAAAUGGAGUAGAGAUGUUGCUUGGAAACUGCGCGAGAAUUUCUUUGGCCGCAGCCCAUCUCCUCUUUUGAAGACUCCUCCAUAUGUCACCGCCGAGCCUGUUGUUACAACAACCAAGGUCAACCCCGAGAAGGGUGAUUUCCUCGUCCUGGCCACUGACGGUCUUUGGGAGAUGCUUACCAACGAAGAAGUUGUUGGUCUCGUAGGCAAGUGGAUCGAGUCUGAAGGACAGGCUGGACCCAACUCGCAAUUCGACGCUGCAUGGAACAAGAUCUUUGGCUCAUCCAAGACCCCUCUACCUGUCGAGGAGAGCAAGACUGCUGGACCUGAUGGCAACAAGACUCCUAUCCGUGUCCAACAAUGGGGCAUCGAUCCGGAUGCGAAGGAUCGAUUUACAGUAAAGGAUAAGAACGUCGCAACACAUCUUGUUCGUAAUGCUCUUGGCGGCAACAAUGACGAGCAAGUGUGCGCUUUGCUCACUCUUCCUGCUCCUUUCUCACGACGUUACCGUGAUGAUUUAACCGUCCAGGUCAUCUUCUUUGGCCACGGUGAGAAGACUGGUGAGGUCACCGUCAACCUCGAGGCUACUGCUGGCGAAGGCGUCAAGCCGAGGUUAUAA